UACAUAUACACACACACAUAUAUAAACAUACACACAUAUAUAUACAUAUAUACAUACAUAUAUAUUCAUAUUUACAUAUAUACAUAAGUAUAUAUAUCUAUUCACAUUGAUAUAUAUGUAUACAUAAACACAUACACACACACACACAACACACACACAUACACAACUUCUCGUACAGAUUCAUACUCAAAAAGUCAUGGUAAUUUUUGAAGGAAAAAAUAAUGAAAAUAAAGCAAAUUACUUUCCCCUAAGAAAGACAGACACGCGCGCACACACACACACACACACACACAUACACACGCUUAUACAUAUGCACACGCCGAAGUUUGAUUUAAAAGAAAACAAGAUAAAGGCAAGCAAAGUCUGCCAACUCCUCCAAACAUACACACGCACGCGCUCACAUACACAAACACACAGACACACAGACACAGGCACUCAAACACACCUGCGAUGCAAGAUCUGCUGCUGUUGUUCAGUCCGCCGUCAGCCCUGGAUGCGUAGAUAUCUGUUUAAAAGGUGUUCCAACAAGCCAUGACCAAGUCAUCUUUCCUAAGAUGUUAGGGUGUCAUUUGAGGAAAAUUCAGCUAUCAUUUCUAACGGGUUAAAUGAUCUUGCAGGGAGUCUGUCAUUGACUCGUCUAAAUUUAAUCUUCUGUGUGAGUUGUAAGUGCAUGGUGUGUUGGUGUGUUGGUGUGGUACACACACAUACACACACGCACAUACACAUACACACACGUGCACAUACACACACAAACAUACACAAAAACACACACACUCACACACACACGAACAUACUCACAGAAGCACAAUACACACAAGCAUAUACCCCUCUACACAUAUAGAUACAGAUACACACACACAUAUAUAUAUGCAUGCAUAUUUUUAUAUGCAUGCACACGUGUAUACAGAAAUACACGUAAACUGAAGAAAAAAGAAAGCAAGCAAAAUCAGAUUGUCUUCUGUCAAGACAUUGACAUAAACACACAAUCAUAUACAGACAUAGACACACGCACACACAUAUAUGCAUACACAUUAGUUGGCAGAAAGUUACAAAGUGACUCCAGAGCCAAGGGUUUCAUGCACGACCCUAAUAAAUAAAUACAUACAUACAUAAAUAAAUACAUACAUACAUACAUAUACAUACAUAUAUAUAUAUAUAUAUAUAUAUAUAUAUAUAUAUACACACAUAUAUACAUAUACAUAUAUAUAUUUAUAUACACAUACAUACAUGCAUACAUACAUAUAUAUGCGUACAUUCAUAUAGAUAUAUAUACAUAUACUCAUGAACUGAGUUUUAUAUCUCCUGUUUGUUCUAACAAGCCUAUAAACACACUCACACACACACACACACACACACACACAUCUAUAUAUAUAAACACAAGUGCACUAACUGGAGGAGGAUUUAAAUAAGAAAAAAAAAAAAAAAAGGAAAAACCCCCAUACAAAAGUGUACCCUUUAUUCUUAAUACCAAAGUCUUCACAAAGAAAAUAUUGAAGAAAAAUCAAAGCUCAUUCUUCCCUAUAUGCAUUUAUAACCGUGGUUUUACCAAAGAGAAUUGUUAAGAAAAACAAAAGCAAAACUUUCCCUGGAACAGUAAAUAAACCAUAAGACCCAGGAACAACAACAGUUAAGCGUGGAAGAGCAAUACAAUUUCGAGCAGUCAGGCCAAAGAGCUUUUGCUGAGCAGUUAAAAUGAUGUCAGUGGUGCAAGUUAGCAGCAGAGAUAUGUUAGCUGAAACUUGUAUAAUUAUGUUGCUCUUACAAAGAUGUUUCUCUGUUGAUUUGACUUACCAUGUUGAAGAAGAAAAGAACUCUGGUACUUACAUUGGAAAUAUUGCAGCAGAUUCCUUGCUUAUGGAUAGUGUUGCACUACAAGACCAUGGUCAAAUUACAUUCAAUCACCUACAACAGAGACAAACAGAAACGGCUCAAUUGUUUAAUGUCUCAAAGACUGGAAAAUUAUACACCACUGAAAAAAUUGAUGCCGAGGUCCUGUGUACCUACAACACAGAAUGCUUCAGAAUAAUCAAAGUUGCUGUCCAUCGAGCUGAUUCCUUCAUGCAGAUAUUGAAGAUAAAAGUAUAUAUUGAAGAUGUUAAUGAUAACUAUCCAGUGUUUCCAAAAGAAAGCAUCAGCAUAGAAUUUUCAGAAGAACACAGCAAAGGUGUGAAGAGGUCUUUGCCAAAUGCGAUUGAUCGAGAUGUUAGCUUUCGUAAUUCCCAAGUUACGUAUGUCUUGGAAAAGAACCUCAAUGAACCAUUCACACUUUCAGUGACUAAAAGAGGUUUUGGAACAUCAGAAUUAGGAAUUGUAUUAGAAGAGAGUCUUGAUCGAGAAAUAAAGGAUACUUACAUGUUACAAGUUAUAGCUAAAGAUGGUGGUGUUUCACCAAGACAAGGUGUUUUGAAGGUUCAAAUAUCAGUGAUAGAUGUAAAUGACAACCCCCCAGUGUUCUCUGAUAAGGUAUAUAACGUGUCAAUUAAAAACACACACAGAACAUCAGUACCAAUUAUUAUUUUAUCUGCAAAAGAUUUAGAUUAUGGUAAGAACAGUCAGGUUUCUUAUCAUUUCAGUUCUAAAACAUCAGAAGGUACCAAAAAGCAGUUCAGGUUAGAUGAAAACAGUGGUGAAGUUUUCUUGAGAGGAAAAGUUUCUUCAAAUCGUAUAUCAAGUUUGAAAUUAUAUAUAGAUGCAACAGAUGGAGGAAAUCCCCCAUUAAGCUCAAUUGCUUUAGUUUUGGUGAAUAUUGUCAGCCAACAGAAUAAUGCUCCCACUAUUGAAAUAAAUUUUGUCUCUCGUUUAAAGGAAAAUGUUGCUGCAAUAUCAGAAGGAAUAAGAGUGGGAAGUUUCAUUGCAUAUGUCAAUGUUAUUGACAAUGAUAUUGGACUGAACGGUGAAGUCGACUGUGAAAUAACACAUGAGAAAUUCCAAUUGUUAAACUUAGGAUCAAAUGAGUAUAAAAUAAUAAUGAAAAAACAAGUGGAUAGGGAAGUCAAGGAAUUUUAUGAUAUUCAACUCAUAUGUCAAGAUAAAGGAUCUCCUUCACUGAAAACUGUAAGAAAGUUUUCCAUCCAAGUGAUGGAUGUCAAUGAUGUGCAGCCUCAGUUCACGAAAGAUACUUUUAAAUUUCUCACCUAUGAAAAUGAAAAACCAAGCUUUCCAGUAGGUUUCAUUAAUGCUACUGACCCUGACUUGGGAGAUGGCGGUCGACUGACUUAUUAUUUGACAGGGAAUCGGAAAAAGAUCUUCCCAUUUGAAAUCACAAAUAACGGAUUCAUUUCCACAAUUCAGUCAUUAGACCGUGAACAGCAAGAUAUUUAUGAAUUUAAGGUUUUUGUCAAAGACAAUGGUUCCCCUUCACUAAACAACACAGCAAAUGUUAUUGUUGAAGUAAUGGAUGAAAAUGAUAAUGCUCCAUAUUUCACAUUCCCCAGUGUUAAUCCAUUCAAUCUGGAUGUCCACUACCACCCACAGAGUAAAAAUGACAUUACAGUUAUCAGAGCAUCUGACAGAGACAGUCAUGUAAAUUCGUUUUUAAAAUAUGAAAUAGUCGGAGGUAAUAAUAAACAUUUAUUUACAGUCAACCCUUAUGCUGGAGUGUUAUCUUUCUCUCGCACAGUUUACCAAAAUGAUGCCGGGUCAUACAACCUUCUGUUAGUUGUCAAAGACAGUGGCAGCCCAGUGCUGUCAGCAACAACCACUCUGUCUUUAACACUGACUGUAAGUAAUAAAACAGCAAAAAUACAGACUACAGUACAGUUACAGUCUGAAGAUAUGAUAGAUAUAAACUGGGUUAUUGUAAUUGCAGUAAUUGCAGUUUUACUGGCAGUAGCUGUUGCUGUUUUUGUGACUAUGUGCAUUGUUAAAUGCAACAAUAUAAAUUCACAUAACCAAAACAUCAAUCCUAAACUUCACAUAAAAAAAGAAAAAAGACUAUUAAUUUCAAGAGCCAGUACUCCAGGUACAAUAAGCAGUAAUCCUGGUACAAUAACAAGAACUCCAGAAGGGGAGAGGAGUAGAAAUAUUCAAGCUACAGAAGUGGGUAAUCAGCUUUACCCAGGAAGUGAAUUACAGAAUGAAUGGAGAUCAUCUUGUAUAGCCAGAGGACUUUUACCAUCCACACAGUUUGGCAGCAUCCUGCACAAUAAGUCUCACACUUUUGAGAUGAAAAACUUAGAACCUCAAUUAAGACACUCUGACAAGUAUUUGGCAGUUGCAACCAUAAACACAAGUUUAUCUGGUUUAUCUACAGAUUAUAAUUUGGACAAAAACCUUCCUGUCAAUGACUGAUGCUCAGAAGUGAAACAGAAUAUUUUCUUCAUAGACAUUUUCCAGCCUUUUCUAGGAAGACAAAUCAACAUAAGUCAUUUAAUGAAUAUGAAAUAUAAAGAUAAAUUGUUUGAAUCAUAAAUAUUGAUUAAAUGUGGACCGUACUGAAAGCAAUGAUGUUUGGACAACAAUAAAAUCUGAAAAAAAAACUUCCUUAAAAAUUACUUCUUUUUAAAGAAAAUGUUCGUAUUAUAAGGUAAAUGACUGAAAGUGAAUUUACAUUUUUGAGUGGAUUUUGUCAUUUGAUUACAGAUAUUGACUUUCUUUGAUGGAAGACAAACUGUAAACCCAAUUUUUGUUUAGAGGGGGGAUAAAAUUAUUAAAAAUUCAACUGUUUUCAGUAUGUUGCUGGUACUUAUUUUUAACGAUCAGAAAAAUAGAAAAUAAACUUCCACAGAGAGAAUUGAGCACAAGAAGGCGAAAACUAAAUAUUCUAAUGCAUUAAAAGUGGCUCUUACUUUCUCUCAAAUUUCAACAACACCCAUCAUCCAUAUGUAAUUAAACAUUUGUGAUAUAUUCGAAUCAUCUACAUUCAUUUCACAGUGAAGCCAAAAAGGAUUUUUUAUUUAUCUUUUUGCCUAUUUUUCAAGACAUAUUUAACAUGGAAAUAGACUGAACAUUGUGAAGAGGGUCUUUUCUAUAAUUAUUUUAAAAUGAAUAUUGAGAUCAUUUAGUUUAUCAUUCUAUAAGGCACAGACACGCACGCAUGCACACACACACACACACACACACACACACACACACACACACACAUGUUCAUUAUAAUUGAUAAAAUAGCAUCAUAUGCUUUUUAAAAUAAUCAUGGGUAAGUCCACUUUAUACAUACCUGUAUACAUAUGCAUGCACGUGCAUACAUACAUAUAUUCAAACAGAGACACACAGACACACACACACAUACGCACACACAUGCAAAAUGACAAUUUAAACAGAAAAAGCAUUUGGUUAUUUUGUAGGGAAGAUUAAAACAAAUGCAAAUGUCUGUAAAAUACAGAACUAAAUGUAUAUAUGUAUAUAUAUAUACUCAGAACUUUUAUUGCUAUUUUUACCAUUUAAGCAGAAACAGAGCAUAUAUCAGCUUCAAAUUCCGAAACUUUAUUGAAAGUAACUGAUAAACAGAACUGCACAGUAGUUCUGAGGUCUUUGAGCCACAAAAGAAACCAUUCCUGAUUCAUCAUCCACUAUAAAUACAGUUCUGUGAUGUUUACUGAUGUAACAUGUAUUAAAAGACUUGCCAAUAAAAGAUCUGAAAUUUACCAAAAUGUGAAGAAUGUGAUCUCUUGAAGAUGUAACAAGAGUUCAAUCUUAUACAACUGAUGCUAUUGUCUCUGUAACAAAUUCAAUGUUAAUGAUCAUCUAAAAAAAGUAAGAGUAUAGAAGGUGGAGGAUGCCGAAUCAAAACAACUUCUCUGUACAAAUUAUCUUGGGAACCUUCUUGACAACACCAAAAAACAAAAAAAAAGGUAAAGAAAGAAAAGAGAAUGAAAUGAUUGUAUUCAAUAUAUUCUGUAACAAAAUAAAAGGAAUCAUUUCACCAAAAUGAAUGAGAGUUAGUAUGUUUAUAUAUAUAUGUGUGUAUGUACACACAUGUGUGUUUGUGUG